AUGCACCUGCACUUGAGCGCAGGCACUCUCGAAAAGUGUUAUCAGCUCGCACGCACCUGUGCUUGCCUGAUCUCCUUCGUCUACGCGACUAUGCGAGUCACCAUUUCGACUGCAGAAACAUAUCACACCGGUCCAAGUCUGUGGGGUUUGUGGCCAUACGGAUCUCGCAGUCAUGACUCGCUUGUCGAUUCCACGAUGAUGAAGUAUCUGGAGCUUUCCAACAACGCAUAUGGCAUUGAUGAAGCUGUACUUAGGAGUUGGGAAACGGAUCUCGUGAACAACGGUCUGGCGAAUCUGCCACGAGAUGCUGGCCAGCAGAACUUCCUGCGUGGUCCAGCACUAGACGAGGACGGCAUUCCGAAGUAUGCUCUGACGCCACUCAAUGUCAGGUGGCUAGUCAAGCGCCGAACUUGGAAUGGCAGUAUCAUCCGCGACAGAGCAGAGAGAGUUCAGCGAAUCGAUGGUAUAUGCCCUGUCAGCAGAUUGGUGGAGAUCUUGGGUGUCCCUCCGCUUCCCGCGAAUGGACUUUUGGCGUAUUGCGUUGAGAGCAAGUGGGCUUUCGAUCACAUGAGAAGAAUUGUAGAAAGUGGCGAGGAAAUUGACGGGCUGUUGAAAGCAAUGGUCCUUAAAGAGAUGUUCAUUUUCUGA